AUGGCACCCUCUGCAGUGGAAUCGGACAAACAGUCUCCUCCCGGUGACUCACUGGGCUUUCUGCGUGAAAAUGCCAAUGUCCUGAAGACCCAAACCAAUGGAACCGCAACAAUUCCAUCUCCCGAACCAGCGGACCAAUCUGUCCCAGCAAGGACAACAGGCCAUGAAGAACAUCAAUACCUCAAUCUAAUACGAGAGAUCCUGUGCCGUGGCGAACAUCGACCGGACCGAACAGGAACAGGAACUCUCUCACUCUUUGCUCCUCCUCAACUCCGUUUCAGCCUCUCACAACCCGCCCCAACCUCACCGACCGCGGACAGAAUCCCCAUCCUCCCUCUCCUCACCACUAAACGUGUCUUUCUACGUGCCGUUACGACCGAGUUGUUGUGGUUUGUAUCAGGCUGCACAACAUCGAAACCUCUCUCUGACGCAGGCAUCCACAUUUGGGACGGCAAUGGCUCGCGGGAAUUUCUCGACAAGUUGGGAUUCGUUGAUCGCGAGGAAGGAGACCUCGGCCCUGUCUACGGAUUUCAAUGGCGGCACUUUGGUGCAGCAUACGAGGACUGCCAUGCUGACUACUCGGGCAAAGGAGUGGACCAGAUCAAAGAGGUGGUGCGAAAAUUGAAGACCAACCCAUACGACAGGCGGAUUAUCCUGAGCGCGUGGAAUGUAGCCGAUUUGUCUAAGAUGGCAUUGCCGCCGUGCCACAUGUUUGCGCAGUUCUACGUCAGUUACCCUGACGCACCGCGAGGGGAAGCAGCUCUCAAGUCGCUCAGCAAUCCUUCAGACGAGACCAACAGUGCGAAGCAGAAGUCAAAGGGACAUCUAUCUUGUGUCCUAUACCAGCGCUCCUGUGACAUGGGACUCGGGGUCCCCUUCAACAUUGCCUCAUACGCUCUACUAACGCACAUGCUAGCUCACGCGUGCGAUCUUGUGCCGGGAGAGCUGAUCCAUACCAUGGGCGAUGCGCAUGUGUAUCUUGAUCAUAUCGACGCUUUGAGAGAACAGUUACUACGUGAGCCACGUGAGUUCCCGACACUCAACAUCAAACGGGACGAUAGGGGAAGCGGUAACAUGGACGGCUGGAAAGUCGAAGAGUUGGAAGUUGUAGGUUAUAAACCACAUGGAGGGAUAAAGAUGAAGAUGAGUGUAUGA